AUGGCGGACAACCGCGGACCGGGCGAUGCGAUAAACCUCCCUUCUUCGCAACAUGCGUUAGGACUCCCCCGUCCGCCGUCCGUCGGGGGUAUCUCUUCUCGAGCGACGGAUAUAAUCUCGGAGGAUGGCGAACAAUCACAGUCCUUCACCGGUGCAUCCUCGCAGCCACCGCGAUCGCAACCCUCCGUAUCGCGACGAGGCCCCCCACCGGCUAGAAGUUCGAUUGCAGCAUCCAGCCACGUCGCCAGCAGGCCCGGCAGCUCUGCCAGCCGUAUUAGCAGAACGCACAUUCCGUCAUUGACUGCGCAAGGGUUCUUUCGUCCCAUGUCCUCGCAACGACUACAGGCACAUCGCGGACGGCCUAUGACCAAGGAGACAUUCGCGUCCGCAUCCACUGAUGACUGGAAUGACCGGGCAAGCCAGAAGAGACGCAGUUUGGUGUCAAAUAGCACGCACCAUCAAGGAUCGCUCCCACCGGUCGAGCAUGAAGCUCCCCCGUCGCGCGGUACGGAGUUUACGGAUCCGAUCAUCCCAGACCGAACGAACUCUGCAAGCCCUACUGGGAAUAUGACAGCACGAAGUCUGGGGGAAAGUGCUAGACUUCUGCACGAACGCGAACGGAUACAACAAAAGACACCACCUCAGCAGCUCAACUUGCCAGCGGCGAAUUAUAGGUUUCCUGAGCCCCACGAUCAACCGCAAAAGUCACCUCUCUCCUUCCUGUCCAUGCAGGACAAGCCCCAUCCCCAUGAUUGUCGCGACAACGGAGCUCAUGAACGGCUGUCCUCGAACGCCUCGUCCCGCAGAUCGAUUGAGAAGCAAGGCCAGAAACCAGCUAAGAGUCAUUUGGGCAAAAAUUAUGAAUAUUUUAUGGGUAACACGAUUUUCUUUGCUCGAGGGAGGUUCCAAAAUUCCCGAGACAAGCCUAUCAAUAUCGCGACUGGGAUUCUCGUGGUUGUGCCUUCUGCACUGUUCUUCGCGUACUCUGCGCCUUGGUUAUGGCACAACAUUUCACCGGCAAUUCCAAUUUUAUUUGCGUACGUCUUCUGCGUGUGCUUUUCAUCAUUCGUGCACGCUUCUGUCGUGGACCCUGGCGUCAUCCCGCGCAAUCUUCACCCGAUGCCACCACCGGAUCCCACUGAUGAUCCGUUGGCGAUUGGUCCACCGACGAAUGAUUGGGUCAUGGUCAAGUUGGCAACUUCAGAAGUGGCCGCAAUGGAUGUGCCAGUAAAAUACUGCAGGACCUGCAAUAUUUGGCGGCCUCCACGCUGCUACCACUGCCGGGUUUGCGACAACUGUGUUGAGACUCUGGACCAUCACUGUGUCUGGCUCAACAACUGUGUCGGUCGCCGUAACUACCGGUACUUCUUUACUUUUGUCAGCUAUUCGACAAUACUCGCGUUCUUCCUACUUGGCGCUAGUCUGGCGCACAUUCUGGUGUAUCGAGAGCGCGAGGGCAUCUCGUUUGGCUCUGCAAUCGAUACCUUGCGGGUGCCCUGGGCCAUGGUGAUCUACGGAGCAUUGGCCGGUCCCUAUCCGGCUUCUUUAUGGGCAUACCAUCUUUUCUUGGUUGGACGCGGUGAGACAACACGAGAGUACUUGAAUUCACACAAGUUUGUCAAGGCAGACCGUCACCGGCCGUUUACUCAGGGCAAUGUUAUCACGAACUGGAUAUCAGUUUUUUUCCGGCCCCGUCCACCAACGUACAUGGAAUUCAAGCGGCCAUACGAAGCAGGUGACCAGCGCUUGAGCAAUGAGAAACGGAAGUAUCGGAAACCGGAUCUCGAGGCUCAGACUGGCAUCGAAAUGCAGCAAGUUCCUGCUGAGCAGCAGGGUUAA